GGCGACCGCCGCCGGAAAGCGCCGAACUCGGCGCGCUCCUCCGACUGCGCGAGGGAAUCCGCCGCAAAACCGCCCCCCGGGCACGGCGCGGCCCCGCAUCCCCCACCGGGCACCGCCGGAGCUCCCGCUCCGGUACCGUGGGUGUCUCCUGUUCCUUGGGUGUCCCCAGGCCCACAGCUCCACGUGGGUGAAGGCCGGCCAGCCCUCGCCGCCUGGGGAGCAGCGCUCGGGGCUCCGUGGCGCAAUGAGAAGCCGCUGCUUUGCAGCCGCCACACCUCCCGCUCCAAGAGACCGUGCGAAUAAAACACCGAUUGCUGUGGCAGCCUCGGCGGUGCCGCGAGUCCAUUUUGUCCUUGUUUUCUCCUCCACAACAUUCGUUUCCUCCUCAGAAUAUUUGUGUUUUAUCACCGCAUUCCGCGCUUGUCGCUCACACGGUGGGAUCGUGCCCAGCAAAUAUUGACACUGCUUCAGUCCGCUCCUAAACAACAUUCCCCGGCCGCCCCCGGUGCGGUGAGCCGUCCCGCUGCUGCCCUCACCCCGCGGGAUGCCGCCUGCCGGGCCGAGGAAGCCGAUGUGUUACUGCGCUCCCCGUUUACGGUUCGCCGGUGCCACAAACAGCCGAAGAAACAAGAGGUUUCCUCGGCACUUUGGGCAUAUUUUAUCUAAUCUCUCCUGCGCAGCCCCGACACACACGUACGCAACCCGUGAGAUGCCCUGCAUUCGUUAUGUUGGUAAUCUCACCAGCUGGGGUUAAGGAGAGGUUCUGCACCGAGUCGGGGUUCUCUCUCCUCUUGCAUUGCUGUUUUCUUUGUGCUCGCGAGGGCUUUCUCAGCCGCUCCUGCCCUCAGGCACAGGGAGCGUUUGCAGCGGUCAGAGCCACGCAGAGCUGCUGCAGACACCUGGCUGUGGCACCCGCUGCAGGCUGCCGUCACCAACACCGGGCAGCACAUCCCUGUGACCCAGGCUGUGUGUUUUGUUAUUCAGCUGCAAAGCAGGAACGCACCCUCCCCGCCCUGACAUCCAGCAGCCGACAGCACGAUAAGCAUCAGCUGGAGAAAUGGCACUGCCAAGGCGCACGACCUCGAGAUGAGGAGGAGAGCAUCUCAGCAGAGAGUGAAGCUGGAAACACGAGGAGGGAGCUGCCGUGUGGCCAAGGGCAUGCAGGGCAUGCAGGGCCCCCGGAUCCAACCCCUCCCAGCCCUCCCCAGCCCCUCUCACACUGCAGCUCCAUGGCAGCAGCCCUCAGCAGACCCUCAAUGCCCACCAACUGCAAACGUUACAAUGAGAAGUACGGGAUUUUAAAACCCACAAGGAAGGAUUUUUUUUUUUUCCUAGCUAUCCUCGCUAUACCUCACAGCAGUUUUCAUGGUGUGGUUUCAGAGCACCAUGAGCCACAGCCACGCACAGUGCCGAUGCUGCAGCUGUAUUUCUGCACAUACUGAUGUAAUCUUUUUGGCCGCCUUUUGCAAACAUACCAUAAAGCUCUGCUGUGCUCCCCAGGACCUCGCCUCCCUGCUGCCUUUGCUAAUAAUGUUUAUGGCCCUGCCAGAGAACAGGAAGCCUCCAGAAGAUGUCAGGGGUGGCUUUAUGCUGGCAGAUAAACCAAUGCUGAGCGACCAAGGAGAAAAUGUAAUUUCUUCCUUCUCACGCUGAGUUCAUUGGAGGAGUGCAGCUAAACAUGCAGGAGUUGUUCGGACAGGUUGUAGAUCACGGAGCCAGGAUGUGUGAACCCAGCGGAUGCUGAGGACUGCAGGGCCUGGGGGAAGAGAGAAAACUGCAGGCCUCCAUCUGAGUGUCCUGAGAGCUGGCUACGGUUUCAGAGCUAUUUAAGCUACUUUAAUAGGAAUUGCAAAUCUCAUUGUGGAGUCCCUUCUGUGAACGCCGCAGGUUUCUGUAGGCUGGUGUUUGUGUUUGAAGCCAUUCUUCACUGAGCGUAUGAUCCCUGUGCAGCUGUCAGACUGUAGGAGACACUCCGCUGCAGAUGAGGUAUUUGUGCACACUGUAUUCCCACUGCAAUUAGAGUAUAUGAAUGGGAAGCAUUUCUUUAUAAAUCAGACAGAUGAUGUGAAACACUUCUAAUAUUCACUACGGCUCUGAGAAGAAACGAGAGCUGAGCCUUUGAUCAACUGCUGCCCAUACUGACAGACCGGGGUGGAAGGAUGCAUGUGGUCCAGCAUGGCCCAUCUCACACAUCUCAAAACUAUGAACUGGAGAAAAAAAGAGUACCGUGGGCCUCCAGGACAGGGCCAUGGCAUGCAUUGCUUCUACAACGCAGAACAAAGAUUCCUGAAAUGCUUCUCUAAAUUCCUCAUGAAGCUGGCACGUGGAAUGACCGCUGUAAAGCUCUUUUAACGACACCACGUGUUGUUCACUCCUUACCCGACCUGUUUGCUUCUGACUGUGUCACAGGGCUGUGCCUGCGCCGCAUCCACAGGUGCAGUGAUGGCUGAUGCAGCCUGAGCUGGUACUGUGCAAAAAGCUUUGGCAGCAUUAGAACCAGGUGACGAAACAAAUGGUUCCCUGCGGUCACAUUCCAGCUCACAACGCAUUGUGGCCAUUCCCACUCAUCCUCCAGCACGGUCGUUGCUGCGUGACUCCGUGUGGUCUCAGAGCCCGUGACAGCACAUUGCCCUGCUCUGCUCCCCACGCUCAUUAGGUGACAGCAGGCUUACGAGCGUUGCACGCACAUCACAGCACACACACACGCACACUUUACCACAUCGCAACACGCCCAGUGACUAUGGUCUGCGUGAACAGCACCAAGGGACAAUGUUUCCAUUGCGUGAAAGAGUUUAACUCUUCUAGGCGUAUAAAGCUUUGUAAAGUCCUCAAUUUACAAACUGGAAUUUGUUUUAUACUGAAUUUAGCCUCAGAUUCAGAAAACAAACCCUGCCUCCAAGCUCAAGUCCCAUUGCCUUGCGUGCAGCAGGGAGAAUUCUGUUCCACUGAACAGAAAGAGGACGUUAAUUGCAAGGAAAGUUGAACACCAGAACACUUUGCCUAAUGGAGCACUGUGCUGCUGGAAGGGGACCAGCUCAGGAGACGCAGCCUUUCUUUUCAACCGAAGAGAAAGGUCGUGCACUGCUGGUCCUCCUGUUGUCUGCAGCAGUCUCUCUUCUGGGCGGGCUGAUAUUCGGAUACGAGCUGGGCAUUAUCUCUGGAGCACUGCUGCAGCUGCAAGCGGACUUCAGCCUUGGCUGCUUCAAGCAGGAGGUUCUUGUGAGCUCCCUCCUGGUUGGAGCUUUCCUCGCCUCUCUGGUCGGGGGAAUCCUCAUUGACCGCCACGGACGGAGGAGAGCGAUUCUGGUCAGCAAUGUGGUACUGUUAUUUGGCAGCCUUAUUCUCACACUGACGAGGUCGUUUACUGGGCUGGUCCUUGGGCGCAUGGCGGUGGGCUUUGCCAUCUCUGUCUCAUCCAUGGGCUGCUGCAUCUAUGUCUCGGAAAUGGUGGCUGCGCAUCAGCGAGGGCUGCUGGUGUCUCUGUAUGAAGCAGGCAUCACUGUAGGCAUCCUGUUGUCCUAUGCACUGAAUUACGCCUUUGCGGAUACACGGGAGGGAUGGAGGUACAUGUUUGGACUGGCCAUGGCCCCAGCAGCCAUGCAGUUCCUCAGCAUCCUCUUUCUCCCAGUGAACCCUGUUAAACUAAACACGUGGGACUCGGACUGCCAGAAGGGUCUCAUUCAAUUGCAGACUGCUGAGGACAGAGAGGCAGCAAAGCGGGAGCCCUAUAAGGAGAAGCACUACUCAUUUCUUGAUCUUUUCAGGACGAGAGACAACAUGAGGAGACGAACCCUGGUGGGGCUGGGCCUGGUGCUCUUCCAGCAGUUCACUGGGCAGCCCAACGUGUUGGGCUAUGCCUCCAAAAUCUUCCACUCGGUGGGAUUCCAGAGCAACUCCUCUGCCAUCCUGGCCUCUGUCGGGCUGGGGGCAAUCAAGGUGGUGGCCACGCUGGUGGCGAUGGCCUUUGCGGACAAAGCUGGCCGCAGAGCACUGCUCCUCGCUGGCUGCGUGGUGAUGGCCAUCUCCGUCACCACCAUCGGCCUCAGCAGCUGCAUCGCCCCACUGGCCAUGGCCAGGGACUGCACAGCCGCUGCAGACCCCAACGUGUCCCACAGCCUCCCCCAGCACCCCCUGGCACCGCCGUCCUCCCACAUUCCACCAGACUUAGGAGAAGGCAACGGGUGGGCAGGCCCCGGUUCUGCUGCCACCAAAAGCCUUACAAAAGCUCUUGCCAGCGCUCGGGGCAGUGAGGUUGUUACUCAGUUCUUCCCACACUCGGAAAAGCCUCCUUUCGGCAGUGCUCCCCUGACAGAACAUAUGGUUUUAAAUUGGAUUACGCUGCUGAGCAUGAUGGCUUUUGUGAGCGCAUUCUCAAUUGGAUUUGGACCAAUGACCUGGCUGGUCCUCAGUGAGAUCUACCCAGCUGGAAUACGAGGAAGAGCCUUUGCCUUCUGCAAUAGCUUUAACUGGGCGGCCAAUUUACUGAUCAGCCUCUCCUUCCUGGACCUCAUUGAUGCCAUUGGUUUCUCGUGGAUGUUUCUUCUCUAUGGGCUGAUGGGAGUGAUGGCUGUUAUAUUCAUUUACUUUUUUGUUCCGGAAACAAAAGGACAGUCCUUAGAGGAGAUAGACCAGCAGUUCUCCAGGAAAUGGCUGCGGGAAGGAAGCGGCUGCAAGCAGAGGCGUGCGAGAGGAGCGAGCUGUGCACACGGGCAGUACCAGCGAGUGGAGCGUGCCAGCAGUGCCUGACAGCAGGCCCGGCAGUGUUGUCCUGCAGAGGGGAACUGACCUUGGGACGUUGCUCCUUACAGCCUGCAGCCUGUGACCUCUGUGCAGAGACGGCUCUCCCUGCAGUGCCUUAGAUCCUGGGACACGCUCACAGCUGUCCCUUGUGUCCUUGGAGGGUUGCCGGUCCCAUGCAGGGAGCGUGUCCUUCCUCUGGCAUCUUUUGUAGUCCACGGUUUGUAUCUGCUAUCAUUUAAGAGAUGAAUGGUUUUGUAUGCAGGAAUAAAACACAAUUUUUGCUGACA